GGGGGUGCGGAUUUGACCCAGCAUAUAGGAGGGCGCUCGAGCUCCACCGUUUUCACGCACGGCACGCACGUAGACCCGGUGAAAUCGUCACGCGGAUAGAAUCUGUGGAAUCUGUCGCGAGUGUGUUCCUGCGCGGCCGGAGAGCAUCCCGGCAGAGAGCGAGGUCCGGUCGGUCGGUCGGUGGUUUGGUGCGGGUCGGUAGCACCGCGUGGAGCGGGGAGGUAGAGCGGGACGUGCGCUGGACUCCUGGCCGCAUCGGAGCAUCCCACUCCCGGCAGCAUCCAUCCCUCCGCGCCUCAGCUCCAGCGGGAGGCCCGGAGCGGCGGCAGGAUGUAGCAGCGGAUUAACGGAGGAGAGAGGGGCGCUCAGAGGAAGAGAGCGGGACCGAGCGGAACGGGGCGGGACGGAGGGGACAUGGGGAAGGACCAGGAGCUGCUCCAGGCCGUGAAGACCGAGGACUUGCAGACAGCUCAGCGGCUUCUACAGAGACCUCGGCCAGGGAAAGCCAAGCUUCUCGGAGCAGCAAAGCGAGUGAACGUCAACAUCCAGGAUGCAGAUGGGUUGGCACCGCUGCACCAUGCUGCUCUGAGUGGUAACAAGGAGCUGAUCUCUCUGCUGUUGGAGGCCCAGGCAGCAGUGGAUAUUAAAGACCAUAAAGGGAUGCGUCCUCUGCAUUACGCUGCAUGGCAGGGGAAGACUGAACCAAUGAAAAUGCUGCUGAAGGCAGGCUCGUCAGUCAACGGACAGUCAGAUGAAGGACAGAUCCCUCUCCACCUAUCAGCUCAGCACGGGCACUAUGAUGGGUCGGAGAUGCUGCUCCAACACCAGUCCAACCCGUGUAUCUCAGACUCAGCUGGGAAAACACCCUUGGACCUUGCCUGUGAAUUUGGACGUGUCGGAGUGGUCCAGCUCCUGCUCAGCAGUAACAUGUGUGCAGCCAUGCUGGAACCGAAACCCUCCGACCCCAACGGAGUGUCACCUCUGCAUCUCGCUGCCAAGAACGGACACAUUGAUGUCAUACGGUUGCUGAUUCAGGCUGGUAUAGAUAUCAACAGACAGUCUGAGUCUGGCACAGCACUACAUCAGGCAGCCCUCUGUGGGAAGACGGAGGUAGUGCGCCUGCUGCUGGAUAGCGGUAUCAGUGCAGGAGUGAGAAACACUCUGAGUCAAACCGCCCUGGACAUCGUUAAUCAAUUCACCACCACACAGGCCAGCAGAGAGAUCAAACAGCUACUGAGAGAUGCUUCAGCUGCGAUGCAGGUGCGUGCACUGAAGGAUUACUGCAACAACUACGACCUUACCAGCCUCAACAUCAAAGCUGGAGACAUUAUCACGGUUUUGGAGCAGCACUCUGAUGGCCGAUGGAAAGGCUGUAUUCAUGACAACCGCACAGGAAAUGACCGUGUGGGCUACUUCCCCUCCAACAUGGUGGAAGUCAUCAAGAGGGCAGGUUCGCGGACUGCAGAGCUGAGUCCUCAAGGCUCUCCGACUCUGGGACACCAGAGCAGCACCACUGAGGACAUUUGGGUGCUGCGUAAACCGCUGGCAGGUGGCGAGCGCAGUGGCAGUGUGGGCAGUCUCGGCAGCGUUCGGUCAUCCAGCAGCUUGCAGAGCUCUGGAAACACACAUGUCCUGACCACCCCUGCACCCAGUCCACACCCGGCACCCACACCAGGCGUCAACACACACGGCCUUAACGCUCCGGGCCUGCACGCACAAGCUGAAGGGGUGAAGCUCCUGGCCACCGUGCUAUCCCAGUCAGUAAAAGCCAAGGAGCAUCUCUUGGAGCAGUCGCAGUCUGUUGAGCAGUCAGCGAGCUCCUCCAGUUGCACAGUUCAUGAACAGCGGUCAUUUGAGCGGAAGGCAGAGGAGGAUGAUGGGAAAAAGCAGGCAGUAGUGGCGUGGCUGGGUGAGUUUCAGCUGCAGUUCUACACCACCCACUUCCUCACCGCGGGAUAUGAUCUAGACACCAUUAGCCGCAUGACCCCUGAGGACCUGACGGCAAUUGGGGUCAUGAAGCCGGGACAUCGAAAGAAGUUAACAUCAGAGAUCAGCAAGCUGCCCUCCACAGACUGGCUGCCGGACCACAAGCCUGCCAAUUUGGCAGACUGGCUGUCACACCUGGGUCUUAGUCAGUACUACCAGGUCCUGGUGCAGAAUGGAUAUGAAAACAUUGACUUCAUCUCUGACAUCAGCCUUGAAGACCUGCAAGAGAUUGGUAUUACGAAGCUCGGCCAUCAGAAGAAGCUGAUGUUGGGAGUGAAGAGACUGAAGGACCUGCAGAGAGGAGAAAGUGGCUCUGAGCCUCCUCAGAGCCCCUCUACACCUCCGUCCAGUCCAGGUGGCAGCACCGGCUCAGAGCCCCGGAGGGAAGUGCGUAAGCAGAGGGAGGGUGCCCCCAGCCCACUGGCCAAACCUCGCCCAGGUCUCACACAUUCACAGACCCCUCCCCACUCACCGACACAAACCCCAACACAAACUCCCCCACAUGGCCGAACCCAGCAGGCGUCCCCCAGGGCUCGGCCGCGCCCCUCCACCCAGAUGGCAACAAUAGAUGCAUCAGUACCGCUGCUCCGUCUGCCCAGUGAGGAGGAAGAGCGACGGAGAACUCACAGUCUAAUUGGCUCAGAAUCAGACUCUAGAUAUGCCACUGUGUGCCGCAGCAGCUCUGCACGUACUGCUCCUAAUGAUGUCACUGUUAACCGCAGCCAAUCGUCUGUCACCCUCCGCCCCCGUCGGAAAGGUCGGCCCCCCACACCACCUAAACGGUCCUGUUCUUCCAUUACUGGGGGUGACGGGGAGGGAGAGGGACAGGUGGAGGGGCUACUUGGGCUGCCAACCUAUCGAGAGCGGCGAGCCAGUGACUGUGGCAGCCUGGGAUCAGCUUUAAGAUCUCAGGACUCAGCAGGCCUGGAGAGAUCAGAGGGGGCUUCUGGGAGUGUUCGCAGCCUCGCUGCUAUGCUGGAAACAUCCAUCGUAGGUGGAGCCAAAACCCUGCCAAGGAAUCUGGGAGGCAGCACCAACUACCUACAGGUGAGUCCGCCUGUACUUCGUCGGCAGGCUGGUGCAGGAGGUCUUGGAUCUGAGGAUGAGGAUGUCUUAAGUCGCCGCAGGACCAUCAGCGGACCAGAAGGCCUCCCUGGUGAUCAGCUCGACUUGUUACCUCGGCAACCAGCCCAGCAACGUCCAGAGCCCCGACCCCGCUCCACUGUGGUCUCCUCAGCAGCAGAGAUCACAGACGGCACAGCAACGCUCCGAAGGAGGCCGCGUCCUGUGGUGACAGACUCUGAAGCACCUGCAUCUGUGGAAGCCAAUGCUGUCACCAUGACAACCGGCUCUGACACUAUACGCAGGAGACAACGCACAGCUGAGCAUCCAGAAAGUGCCACUCAAAGCAAUAACCAAUUAGACUCUCCUAGCAGUCAAACAGAUAGCAGCCGGAAAAACGGAGGUGAGCCGCAGCAGAACGGCGGCGUGGUCCUGAGGCGGCGGCCGGUGUCUGAGGUCUCUGAUAGGACGGAGGCCAACAGAGAGAGCUGUGAGUGGAUGGAGGCUAGGAAGUCUCUGAAGCCGCCGGUCUCACCUAAACCAUCCACAGUCGCCCUGAGGAAGACACAAGCGGAUCCCCCAACACCGACUCGCAGGGUCCCCAUACCCGGGCCUGACAACACUGAGACAGCACAGAGUCCUGAGCCGAAGCGCGUCCCUCCUCCUGUAUCCCCGAAACCGCGUGGGCCUCCGACGGCACCUAAACCAGGAAAAGCAAUAGUAGCUUCAGCUGCCAUGAGCCCGAGUCCUGUUGCUACCAGCCCUGCCGCAGCCAGCCCCACCCCGGCCCCCAAACCCUCCUCUCCUCUCCCCUCCUCUGUCGCCCCUCUUCCUGCUCCUGACACCCCCUCUGCUCCCUCCCUCUCUCCAGGACUCCCUCUUGCUUCCCCUUCUCCGGCCCAGAGUCCCUCCACGCCCUCCCCACACCCUGUCAAACCUCCCCGCUCCUCCAUCGCCGGCCUCUCCAUCGACCUGCUGGGAGGACGAGAGCUGGAGGAGGAAGAGGAGAGGAGGCGAGAGGAAGAGGAGAGGAAGAGAGAGAGGGAGCACAAGAGGAACAAGGAGCAGCAGGAGGAGGAGAGGAAGAGGGCUGAGGAAGAGAAUGCGAGGGAGCUGGAGGGUCAAGUGGAGGAAGUACAGCAGGAGGAGGUGCAGCAUCGUUUGGAGGAGACCAGUGCCUCCUUGGCUGCGGCUGUGCAGGCUGUAGAACAUAAAAUCAAAGAGGAAGACGCACAAAAUGACUCUCUUUCCAGCAAGAAGUCUACAGUCUCCAUCUUGGACGACAUCGGCAGCAUGUUUGACGACUUGGCAGACCAACUGGAUGCAAUGCUCGACUGAUCUCCUGCCCACGUCUCAUCUCCAACACGCCCUUUCCCCUCUCCCGUCAUCAUGUGUAGGUGUUUCAAGAAAACUCUCCCAAGGCUAGAUGCUGGCGCUCUGAGAGUGUGUGCGUGUGUGUGUGUAUGUGUGUGUGUGUGUGCAUGUGUGUUUGAGCGUAUGUCCCUCCUGCGUGAGCGCUUCUCAUGUAGCCUUGUACAGUAAUACCGAGGAGGGAGUCCUCUUCGUCUGGCGCAGUAGCUCUAGUACGCCUCCCAAUGCGAGGAGGCCGCUCCCACACAACCUCUGACCUCUGCAGCCCAGCGAGUCGCCGCCGCCGCCCAGCCUCAGACAGCUGUGUGGACCCAGAAGCACAAUCAUUUUCCUCGUCCUUUUAUCUCUACAGACUCUGACAGAGAUGCUAACUCAGUCAGACAGGGAGGCAGACAGAUAAGCAUAUUGCUUGCAAAACAAAAAAAAAAGCACAUAAACUGACUGACGGACAGGCAGAUAGAUAGUUAGAUAGACAAGAUGCAUACAGAUGAGAUAACGGAGAGCGUUUUUAAAAGCACAUGGAAAGACAGGCCACUUUCCGAGUCUGUCCCACUCCUGCGAUGUCAAACGGAUGCAUUUUUCCAGAUGAAUCGUAGCCUCUAUUUCUCUUCUGUAUGAGUGGAGGAUUGUGGUUUAGCCGGACUUCCUGACUUGUGUGUUGUCUCUCUUCAUGUUGUUGUUGUUGCUGUUGUUGUUAUCGUUGCCGUUGUUGUCGUUACGAGUGUGUGUAGUCCCCUGCUGAUGCUCAUGUCAAUGUCCUCCCACUCGUACAGUAGUUAUUCUAAAGAUCAGAACGAUGAUAUAGAUGUGUGUCCAUGAAUUUUUGAGACACUCACACACACACACACACACACACACACACACACACACACACACACACACACACACACAUUGGUUUUAAUCUCGCUGGUGUUCUGCUUUGUUGGUGUUUAGCUCCAUCUAUGGAGGUUUGCUUGGAAAUGAGUCUACACAUCACACACACACACACAUUUACAUGCAAAGACACAUAUAUACAAGCACACUCAUGCGGUGUAUCCCCUUGUCCUGCUGCAGUGAACAGUGUUUUUAAAAGAUAAUCCUAUAUUUCAAUGCUUUAUAUAGUACAUCCAGUAUACAUACAUAGAGUUUAUAAUAUACCUGGGUAUUUGAGCUGUUAGAGCUCCCUCUAGUGUUGGUUAGUGAAACUGCCUCUAAUCUGCCCACCUUCCACCUUGUCUCAACCCCCUUUUUAUCUCCCUCUGUGUCCGUUUUGUUAACUCUGCAUCUCUCUGUGCCUUGGUAGUGUUCUCUCAUGUAUUCUUUUUAUUUGUCUCUUUUUUUCUUCUUUUCCAUUCAAACAUGUUUAAUGGUUUUCUGGUUCCUUCCGAACCCUCUUUCCUUGUGUGUCCGUGACGUCAAAAGUAGCUUCUAGGUUGAGUUGUGAGUCCUGUAUGAUCCCCUCAAAUCAAUCAGUAAGCUGUAAUAAAUUGGCUCUGCUCCUCCUCGGCUCCCCAGUUUUCAGUGGUCCCCCCCAUGUAGGCCAGACAGUGGAUCAACCACCAGUGUUCAUCCCAAUGAAGAGUCCACUUGUAUUUUUAUGCUCUUUGAAAACAAAGAUAUAUUUGAGAGACAGAUGGUUCUAUGUGAAUAAUAAUAAUAAUAAUUAUAGACAUUGAAUUGAGGUGAGCUGAUUGAGCCUGUACAUUUAUGGUUGAGUUCUGGAUGUGUUGUGACGGCUGUUGUGCCAUGGUUGGGUUAGGUUGUGUUUCUGCUGUGACGAUGCAUUCCUGUACAGCUGUGAUCAGAAUAA